AACACGCUCACGACGCCUCUCCCCUCUCUCUCUCUCUCUCUCUCCUGCCUCCGCUUCUCUCCCCCGCGCCGCCGCCGCCUCCACCGAAAGCAGCAGCCGCCGGCGAGCCAGCCAGCAGCCUAGCCAUGUCGGAAUCGAAGGCCGCCGCGGCGGUGACCCUCCGCACCCGCAAGUUCAUGACGAACCGCCUCCUCUCCCGCAAGCAGUUCGUGCUCGAGGUGCUCCACCCGGGCCGCGCCAACGUCUCCAAGGCGGAUCUGAAGGAGAAGCUGGCGAAGCUGUACGAGGUGAAGGACUCCAACUGCAUCUUCGUGUUCAAGUUCCGCACCCACUUCGGAGGCGGCAAGUCCACCGGAUUCGGCCUCAUCUACGACAACCUCGACGCCGCCAAGAAGUACGAGCCCAAGUACAGGCUCAUCAGGAAUGGUCUUGCCACUAAGGUAGAGAAGUCACGUAAGCAGAUGAAGGAACGGAAGAACAGAGCAAAGAAGAUCCGUGGUGUGAAGAAGACAAAGGCUGGAGAUGCUGGGAAGAAGAAGUGAGAGAUGAUACUCAUCUUGCAGUCUUGAUGUGUUCAUUAUCAAAACCUUGCUUUGUUUAGAGCUGUCUCCUUGUGGCAAUAUUACUGAAUGCUUAAUUAUAACUAGAAAAAUUUUGCCACUUAUGUUCUUGCAAUGUUGAGGCAUCUGUAGUGUUCUUGGAUUUUGAGGAAAUUUGUCGGACUCUAGCAUAUAUAGUACUUUAAUCACGGCGCAUGUUCUUUGUGUCUUCUAAUUCAGAUUUGGGUUAUCCUGUUUCAACAA